AUGAAGUUCCAAUUAUUAUCUACCGCCGCUUUAGUUGCUUCUGCUGCUGCUUUAAAUGCCACCAACUCCUCCACCACUGUCACUGACUACUCCACCACCUUAGUCACUAUCACCCACUGUUCAGAAAACAUCUGUUCUCUCACCACCGCUGCCCAAACAGUUGUUACCACCACCGUUGAAGGUAUUGAAACUCUCUACACUACCUACUGUCCAUUAACUGCUGAAGAAGCUAGUACCAGUGUCCCUGCUACCAGUGUCCCUGUCGCCAAUACCACUCAAGCCAUCAUCACUCCAGUUUCUUCCGUCUCUGAAGAAGGUGAAGAAACCGUUACUGUCCAAUCUACCAUUUUCACCAGUUUACUCAACUCAACCAGUGCUGCUGCUCCAACUUCUGCCCCAGCUGCUACUACCUUUGAAGGUGCUGGUAUGGGUCAACAAGCCGCUGUUGGUUUAGCUGCUGUUGCCGGUUUAGCCGCUAUCUUAUUAUAA